UACAGCAGGGCGGAGGCAGAGACGGAUGCGAGCUAGAAGUAAAGCGCAGAGGUCGCCGACAAUUCCAUUAGGACGGAGAAUGCGGGCCAAGAGAAGUCUGUGCCUUUUUAUGGUAGUCGUGUUGCCAAUAUCCCUACUCUGCUUUCACAUGUGGAGCAAGACUGAAAAGGUGGUAGCUGUGUGGAACAGAGAAGCCCCUGAGGAUGUACUGAAUAGCGGUCUAUUGCAUCCACUUAAAAAAUAUGCUGGGAUGUCCUUAAAAUGGAAUAAUGAAGUGCUACGACUCUUGCCAAAGAACAACUGCAGAUGUGAAGUGGAGGCAACUAUGGACUUUCCCUUCAGACGAGAGUUAUUAGGAAAACCUUACGCGGUGAACUUUACAGAAGAUAUGGAGCCUUCUGUGCUUGAUGAACUGUACAAGAGAAGAGAGCUGGAACACAAAACGUUUAAGAUGAGAUCCUUUAGUCCAGCAGACAAGAUUAUUAUUGCAGAAGCAAAUUCUCCAUUGCAGUACCCCGUUCAGGGUGUGGAAGUCCGUCCUCUGAAGACAAUACUCAUUCCAGGACUUAGUUUGCUGGAUCUCAAAAAGAAAAACUCUUAUCAGGUGAGCUUGUCAUGCAUCAUGGGAACCUUCAACAUAGCUGCAGAAGUGGACAGUGUCACAACAAAAGGCGCAGGAGAAAAACAAAUCGCAUUAUCAAGCCCCUUGUUGGAUAAUCUCAACUGUCAGCUUCAGUUAAUUUCUUAUACCAACACUGUAUUCCACCCAAACACUGUGGACACCGUCCAGUUUCAGAGUGGUGGGCAUACAACUACAUUUACCAUUAAGGUCCGUCAUCCCAUCAUCCCGAAGCUAUAUGAUAUGGGACCGAGUAAAUCGAAGUACAAUAUCAGCGCCCUGGUCACCAUAGCAACUAAAACGUUCCUUCGCUAUGAUAAGCUGCAAGAUUUGAUUGAAAGCAUCAGGAAAUUUUAUCCGACGGUGACCAUAAUAAUUGCCGAUGACAGUGAGAAGCCACAGAAGGUCGAGGGACCCUUCAUCGAACACUACAUCAUGCCCUUUGGGAAGGGGUGGUUUGCUGGUAGAAACCUGGCCGUCUCCCAAGUAACCACAAAAUAUGUGUUAUGGGUCGAUGAUGAUUUCCUCUUUUGUCCUCAAACAAAGAUUGAAAAACUAGUGGACGUCUUAGAGAAGACGAGCUUGGAUCUGGUUGGUGGUGCUGUAAGAGAAAUUACCGGAUAUUACACAACAUUCCGCCAAACUAUCAGUGUUGUCCCUGGAGACAAGGAAGGCGACUGUCUUAAGACCAUUCAGGGUUAUCAUCAUGUCAUCGAAGGCUUCCCUAACUGUGUGGUGGCAGAUGGCGUGGUCAACUUCUUUCUGGCACGGACAGACAAGGUUUUAAAAGUUGGAUUUGACCCUCGGUUAUCUAGAAUUGCUCAUUUAGAAUUCUUCGUAGAUGGACUUGGCACCCUUCAUGUGGGCUCCUGUGAUGACGUUGUUGUUAACCAUGCCUCCAAAAUACACCUCCCAUGGUCCAAUACAAAAAGUGACAAAGCAUAUUCGAAAUUUCGUUAUCCCAAAUCCUUUUCCAAAUUCAAUGUUCAACAUCUGCUCUUUUACUUCAAGAACCACUUCAAGUGCAUGACUGGGAACUGAAUGGUCCGUAGGGAAGGACCUGGGGUAGAUUUUUUUAGUUUGUACAAUAUCUAGAUGACUGGCUGCAUUCAGAAUCGGCGAUAUUUCUGGAGAAUUUUUCUACCAUCAGAUUCCUGUACCGCAAUGGGAAAAAAAUACUUUAUAGAGACCAAGACAUGGAGUCAGAAGGAGGAAUUGUAUGGGGUUUAAGGAAAUGUUGCACUGCACAUAUAGCUUGGAAAUAAAGGGAUCUCUGUUUUACAAAAUCAACCGAGAAGAUGGUUUUAGUAAAACUAGGUACAGUUAGUAAAAAUGCUGCUAAUUAAAAUUCUAAUUCGAAUGCUGAAAAGAAUUGCACAUAACGGUAGCAUUUUAUCACUGCACUGAAAAAAAUGUAUAUAUCUCUAUAGUCACACUGAGUCACUCUGCUAGAUACACCAUGAAGCGGCUCUUUCACUGGGCAAUCAUAAACGGAGGAGGACUAUAAGAGAAUAAGGAAUAUCUAUUGGCUCAAUGCACAACUCUGCCACCACCGGAAGACUGCCUAACGUUACAAAGCAUUUAUUAUGGGCAUGUAAUUGGCUACCAGCAUGAGACUGCCUGGUUUACUCCAUUUAUUAAUCUGUCCAUUUCAAUAUAGGUGGCACGUUCUUCACUUCAGCUACAAAAUGGUGUUCCUUAAUUAUUGUGCGUACACUGGCGAUGACUUUGUACUCUUCGAGAUCUGCAUUGAUGAAUUAUCAAAGGGUCUGUUUGCUUUCAGACAUUUUACGAUUUAGCUUUUUUCAUGUUUUUGUAUUUGUUUGAAAGAGAACUACCAGAAUAAGGCUCUAGUGUAUAUGAGAAAUGGUGAGAAGGUCCAGUUCUGCUCCUAUGACAUUUCUUUGAAUGUCUGAAGAUCCUGAAUAAACUUGCAUAAUAGACUAGAUCCAAUUAAUGUAGUUUUCCAGGAGUUGAAUACUAUCCUCAGUAUAGGUCACCAGUAUCUGAUCAGUUGGGGCCCGACUCCUGGCAUCCCUGCCGAUCAGCUGUUUCUAGAGGCUUUUAUUCUCCAGUGAGUGCCGCGGCCACGUUACAGCAUACCAAGCACAGCGGAAUACAAUGUAUAGCAGCUGCACUUUGUAUUGCUGUCCAUUUACCUGAAUGGACUGAACUGCACAUAGCCCAUGACCUCAAUGAGGGACGUCAUUGGCCUAGGAAGAGUCUGUAGCGCCCGUACACUCACCAAUCAGAUACUGAUGAGAUAUCCUGAGGAUAGGUCAUCUAUAGCAGUGUUUCCCAACCAGUGUGCCUUCAGCUAUUGCAAA